AUGAGUACUACAAAGGGAGGCUAAAAGCGCUAGAUCAUGACAAGGGCUAUUGCCAAGUCGCAGGCUCUACCAUCAGCCAUGAAGAAGUCUUUUAAGGGCUAAGACUAUUAGAAGUAUCUAAUGAAGAGAAAUGAAAAGCUGCAAAGAGAUUGGGAAAAGGAGCAAAGACAACUCAAUGCUGAGUAGGCUGAGAUUGAUAAUAAGAAUUGGGCAGCUGUAGAUAGAGAGGAUGCUAGAAAUAUGUAAAGGAGAGCUGAAAAGCUUCAUAAGCAGGAAGAACUGAUUAGAAGACGCUAAGAAAAGAGCACUAUCGUCAAGGAAGAUCAGGAAUUUAUGGAAUAAUGGUCCUAGACCAAGCAAUGA